CUGUCAGGGCUGAAGCGCAACCCGCGCAAUCUGGUACAAGCGCUGGGUUUCAUCCCGCGCACCAUGCGCCUCAUGUACGUGCACAGCUAUCAGAGCUUCCUGUGGAACCAUGCCGCCUCACACCGCAUCAAGACAUAUGGCUCCACCCGCGUGGUAGCAGGUGACCUUGUGCUCUGCUCCCCUCCUGCUGCUACUGCCACCACCACAACUUCUAGUGCUGCUGCUGCUGCUGCGGCUGCAGCAGCAGGGAGAGCAGCAGGCAUGGGGGCAGAGGGGGCGAGCAUGAGGGGCACAGAGGCAGAGGCGGAGGCAGAGGAGGCGGCAGCAGUGGCGGUGGAGGCGAGGGCGGAAGGGGAGGAGGUGAGGGUGGUGAAUGAGGAGGAGGCGGAGAGAGGAGUGUACUCCAUCGACCAAGUCGUGCUGCCACUGCCAGGCUGUUCCAUUCAGUACCCCACCAACUCCACAGCACAAGUCUUCCACUCUCUCGCUGCCAAGGAUGGCAUAGACCUCUUCACCAGCAAGCACAGUGUCAAAGAAUAUUCCAUCGAGCGCAUCCCAGGGGGCUACAGGCGCCUGCUGCAGCGCCCCUCCGACUACAACUG